AUGUCUGCAGACCUUGAUGUCCUGCAAAUGAAAGAGGAGGAUGUCAUCAAAUCCCUUGCAGCAGGAACAAACUUAGGUGGCACCAACUUUGACAUUGAAAUGGAACAGUACAUCUAUAAAAGGAAAAGUGAUGGCGUCUACAUCAAAAAUCUGAAGAGAACCUGGGAGAAGCUUCUGCUGGCAGCUCGUGCCAUUGUUGCCAUUGAAAACCCUGCUGAUGUCAAUGUCAUAUCAUCGGGGAAUACUGACCAGCGAGCUGUGCUGAAGUUUGCUGCUGCCACUGGAGCCACUCCUAUUGUUGGCUGCUUCACUCCUGGAACCUUUGCUAACCAGAUCCAGGCAGCCUUCCAGGAGACUUCUGACUCUCUACUGCGCUAUGUGCACAUUGCCAUCCCUUGCAACAACAAGGGAACUCACUCAGAUGCUGGCCCGGGAAGUUCUAUGCAUGUGUGGCACCAUUUUGAGGUCAUGCCCGAUUUCUACUUCUACAGAGAUCCUGAGGAAAUUGAAAAGGAAGAGCAGGCUAUUGCUGAAAAGGCUGUGAUGAAGGAGGGAUUUCAGGGUGAAUGGACUACUCCAGCUCCUGAGUUCACCACUACUCAACCUGAGGUCGCAGACUGGUCUGAAAGUGUGCAGGUGCCCUUUGUGCAUAUUCAGCAGUUCCCUACGGAAAACUGGAGUGCCCAGCCGACCCCUGAAGACUGGUCUGCAGCUCCCACUGCUCAGACCGCUGAAUGGGUAGGAACAACCACUGUGUGGUCUUAA